CCCAAAAAGCGCAGGAAAAACGGAAGGGGAGACGCGCGGGCGAACGAGUGCCCGCGGGCCGGCAAAAUUGUUCCGGCGCGCGCCUUACGCGCCUCCUGGACGGUGUCCGGCGAGGCUCAUUCUACGGCAGCCACGCUCUCCCUUAAGACCGCUUAGGCCUGGAAUAAGCGAAGCCUAAGAAGGAGGCCCUUAAGAAGUUGCGGCAAGGCCGGCGGCAAUGUCCGUGAGGAGCGGCCAGGGGCGCGCGGUUGCGUUGCUGCGGGUGACCACGACGACGACGACAGCCUCGAGGGCGCGGGGCCUGCACCGCUUCCUUUCGUCCGCGUCGGCCUGCCCGUUGUUGUCUGCUCUUUCUCCACGCGACGGGGCCCUACCGGGGCGCUGGGCCCGACAGUGAGCCGCCUCGGGCUGGGCCCGGGCGGAAGAGCGCGAAGACCGAGAUUGCGGGGCGCGGGGAGCUGCCGAGGGGCAGCCAGAGCUUCGGCCGCUUGAGCAUGGGAAUCCUCUUUACCCGGAUAUGGAGGCUGUUUAACCACCAGGAGCACAAAGUGAUAAUAGUUGGGCUUGAUAAUGCAGGAAAAACUACUAUUCUUUAUCAGUUUUCUAUGAAUGAAGUAGUGCAUACUUCCCCAACAAUAGGUAGCAAUGUGGAAGAGAUUGUAGUUAAUAAUACACGUUUUCUUAUGUGGGAUAUUGGAGGCCAAGAAUCUCUUCGAUCAUCAUGGAACACAUAUUAUACAAAUACUGAGUUUGUGAUAGUUGUUGUGGAUAGCACAGACAGAGAGAGAAUUUCUGUAACUAAAGAAGAACUGUAUAAAAUGUUAGCACAUGAGGACUUGAGAAAAGCAGGCUUGCUCAUCUUUGCUAACAAACAGGAUGUUAAAAACUGCAUGACGGUAGCUGAAAUUUCUCAGUUCCUGAAACUAACAUCUAUUAAAGAUCACCAGUGGCACAUCCAGGCAUGCUGCGCUCUUACUGGCGAAGGAUUAUGCCAAGGACUUGAAUGGAUGAUGUCAAGACUUAAAAUCAGAUGAUUCUAACUCUGCACAAAUAUUGUACAAAAGAGAACUGGCUAUUUGGCUGUGAAUUAUUGGCUUAUGUAUAUUUAUAAAAACAAGAUGACCUUUUUUUGCUACCUGAGGGGAUUUCAAACAAGAGAAAAGAAUAGGAAGUUCAGCCUUGACUUCCUUUGAUGAUUUCUUUGAACUGACAUUUAAAUACUGUGGCUGGCCUUUCUUUUAUCAAGAAAUAAUGUGCGGAGAUCAAAUACAAGGAAGGAAUUUUAACCUUUACUUUUUAUUAUUCUAGUCUAACUCACUAAGUUGAAAUGCUGACUUUAUUAUUUCCACAAAUCAAAAGAAAAUCAGUGGUACAGGUACUGACUGUCGGGUAUUGAAACCGACUGGGAUGCGUUUCAGAAAUGCAAAAAUGUUCCUAUAUGUGAACUGUAUGUUUUAUGUAAUUAUACCUCAUAUUAAGCUUGAUUAAAAUCUGUUGAGCAAAUUGGUUAAUAUCAUUAAUUCUGUCCGUAGUAUUCCGUAAGUGGCAGUAUGUGAUUUGAGCCACUUUGGACCUAUGAGUUCCAUGUGUUACAGCCAAUCUUUUUUGUCUGAAGACCCAGUAGGUUCUGUCAGGACAAAUUCUUUAUCUACUUUCCAGCCUGUCUCAAUCUUUGGUGAAGCUAUAGCAGGCUUUGGGAUACAGAAGAGGAGCUGCUAGUUGGACAGGAUGAUGAGAAUGUUCAACCAGGUCAUCAAAACACUGUGCAUGGAAUGUUUUGUAUCACACCGUGGCAGUAUGUUUGGGAUCAAAUUUGAAUUUGUGAUGCUUUAUUAAAAAAGCUGGGGAAUAUUGCGUUUUGCUCAAAACCAACUGAAAUAAAAAUACAGGUUAUGUAUUAUUUUAUGUAUAUCCUGCAGUUUAAAGCAACCAGAAAAGAAUUAAGAUACAAUGUAUUAUUAUUUAGAAGUUUACAUUUUGAUUGCAUUUGCUGAAAUGCGCAUUGCUUCAAAAAGAACAUUUGAGUUACAUGAAAUAGGCGCUGUGGUUCGCAAACAUCUUUAUACAUGCAUAGAAUGUAUGCGUAGAACAUUUCCAUUUGAAACACGAUGUGUAAUGUUGAAGUUAAAUGGUGGGUUGAAUCCAAAAGAAAUGGGCUAAUUAGGAAUUUCACAGAAUAGGUAUAUGUCUCUUGGAGGUUCUUCUGAGGAAAUUGGGGGUGUGCUCUUUAUGUGAUCACCUAAAAUGACCAGAAAUGCAUAAUUACACUAAGUUGCACUUAAAGUCACUUGAAUGAGAAAUCUUGACCACUCUUGUUGAUUUAAUAGAUAAGAUCAGCUAGGUUUUGAUCAAUUCCAUUGCUGCUUUAUAGGGGGCAAAGAAUAUAGACAGCUAUGUUAGUAGCCUAUUCAUUGAGCCAUUUGCUUUUCAGAUUCUCUAGGGGUAUCCCAAGUGUGUACCCACGUGUGCAUGUGUGUGUGCACAUGCACGUAUGUGUGCGUGUUUAUAUGCCUUGAUUCAGCUGUUCCCGAAAGUGAAAAUUUAAACUAAAUGCAUGGAUCCUACAAAGCAGUUUACCAGUUUUAUAUCUUCCCUGUUUCAAAACUUGAAGUGCAUUAAAAUAUGAAUAAACUAAUUUUCCUGUUACUUUAUGCUGCAAUGAUUGUAAAGGUGGAUAGGGGAAUAAGUUGGUGCCUGGUAUAGGAAAAUACAAAUUAUUUGAGAUACUAUUUUAAUCUUCUGAAUGUUGUGCUUACAUUCUUUCCAGGCUUAAGGGGUUAUUUAGAAACAAGUGUAUCCUUAGUACCAGAUAAACCAAAUGCCUCACCUUCUUUUUUAAAAAAAUCAGGCAUUAAGUAUAACUUGCACUGUAUAUUUCAAGUUGGAUCAAAGGAAUUAACUAUUUGAAUGGUUGGAGCUCAAUACACUGGCUGCUUUGUACAAUGGCUCAUCAGUUUUUCUGAUUGGAGACAUGCUUAAAAUCAGUAAUGCCAUUAAACUACAUAUCAGUAUUUGGCAGGAGAAAAAAAUGGCACAUCAUAGUUUUCUUUGAACAUUUUACAACAAACUGGUUUUGAAAUAACUCUUAACUUUGAAAUCAGUUUGCUGUGGGUAUGUUUUUUAAGAGGCAUAAACAAAUAUUUAAACCUCUUGUAAAUUGUUCCAUGCUACUUUAUUCCUACAUAUAAUAUUUUUUUUAAAAUCACCUGUCAUCAGAUGAAUGCCCUGAGAAUUAUGUUUCAACAUAAACAUAAACAUAGUUAAAAUUGAAGUAGAAUGCAUAAACUUUUUGAAUAUACCCAAGUUAUCAAAUGUAUUAAAUACCCUUACUAACUUUAACAAGUAUGAACGGGAGUGCAUGAGUUCCCAAAUGGGAACCGAUUUCCUUCCGACAUUCUUGUCUCAACUCUCAGACUUAAGAAUAAAUAGAUGGUUGUGAGAAGGGUAAUUUACCCUGUUUUCAAUGACUUCAGUAAAAUUGAAAGCAUAGAAACCUACAGGCAUAGUCCAGCUCUGAGACUUGACUGACUCUCAGCAUUAACAAAAACAAAUGCUUAUACAACUUUAUUUCAGCUUUGAAUCAACUAGCAGUGGGCUGUUGGACACACUGAAAAGAGGUUAGAAGAAAGCUUAAUACAAAGCCUUUGGAUAAUUAAUCUUAUUUUAGAGCAAAAUGUUAUCAAUCAGUUCUUUAAAGCUAAAGUCCAUUUUUGUUUUCUUGCAUAUUUUUAUCCAAAGCAGGCUUUGGACAGAACAGCUAUGUGUUGAGCAUUAAUUUCAAAUUGAUCUGUUACUCUCUCUCUAUAUAUAUAUGAAUAUGAGAAUACAUUGCUGUGUGCAGAUUCUGUGAUCUAUUUUUAAGACUGAAGGGGAAAGUGCCCUGUACUUCCAUAGGGCCUGUGAAUGAUGACGGUAACUUGGUUGAUGUCAUUCUGUAGAGUGGAAGAAGCAGAUCAGGAUAAUACACUCAAGAAAAGCUGAACAUAAGUAAUUUCUAGAUUUAGGUUGAUGAAAGAAUUGACUUACCAUUUUAGGUUGUUGUUUUUUUUAAUUAGCCUUGGCUGCAUGCUUGAUUCUGUGCCUAUAUGUAAUGCCUACUUAAUGUGUAAAUUUUGUAAAUAAAGGAUUAUUAGAAAGAUAAA